AUGAACAGUGGUUAUUCGAUUCCAGUUGUUGGUCUUGGGACCUGGAAUAGUCCACCAGGGGAGGUUGGUUCGGCUGUGCAAAAGGCCUUAGAAGUUGGAUAUCGUCAUAUAGACUGUGCUUACAUCUAUAAAAAUGAAGCCGAAGUCGGUGCAGCCUUAGAAGAUGCAAUGGAAAGUUUACAAAUACGAAGAGAUGAAAUAUUCAUCACCUCUAAAUUGUGGCAUACAGGACAUCGUCCAGAAAAUGUAAAGAAGUCAUGUGAAGCGGGUGCAGCUGACUUUCCUACUGAUAAAGAUAAUAACCCUGCUUUCGAUGUAGUCCCACUUGAAGAUACCUGGAAGGCAAUGGAGAAGCUGGUUGACGAAGGCUUGGUUAAAUCUAUCGGUUUAUCAAAUUUUAAUAAACGACAAAUUGAAACUAUUCUGAAACACUGUUGUAUUGAACCAGCUAAUUUACAAGUUGAAAUUCAUGCAAAUUUUCCGAAUACCAAAUUAGUUGAAUAUGCUCAGUCUAUUGGUUUAACUGUGACUGCUUAUGCUCCACUGGGUUCACCGGCUCGUUCACCUAAAUCUGAAAAUUUGUUAACUGAACCGUGGUCAGUUACUGCUGAAAGGAUUAAAGAAAAUUUUCAGGUGUUCGACUUUCAGCUAUCUGACGAUGAAAUGCAUCAGCUGAACACAAAAGGGGUUAAUGAACGUAAAUUCAAAAUGCUCGGAAUGAUUCCUGAUCAUGAAUACCCAUUCAAAGAAGAAUACUGA